AUGCAGACCAGCAAGGUCCAACUAGUCGAGGAAUCCGUACAAACGGCUGCCCGCCGACUAGCUGAGGUGCAGGCAAAAGUCGAUGAGCUGCGUUUUUCUCUGGAAGCCGAGGAGCUGCGUACUUCUUGGGGCGAUCAUGCCAGACUGGUCGAGGAGCUGGCCAAUCUCAUGUGUACCUUUGAUGACAUAGUGGCCUCUCGGAUCCAAUCGCGCUUGGUUGAUGACCACAGAAUACAGGACAUGAAGGAACGUGCACAGACGGAAAUGACGCAUGCGAGCGCGGGCUGUCAGAGUGUUUCCGACCAACUUUCACGUCAACGAGAGCAACGGCAGCAGGCCAUCGCGGACGGUGUCACCCGCCAGAUUCAAGAGGAUAGUGGUGCGAGGGUAACCGAGAUUCUCAAUCAACUUACGCCACUUCGUAAUCACGUGAAGGAAUUGCGCGAAGGACUAGAUACUUCCAUCGAGGACGAAGUCCAUGAAUGCUUUCAACGGGAAUGGUUAGCCCGGCAACGCAAAUGCGCAAGUUCACUCAACACUAUGCGGGCCUCGCUUGAAGAAAAAUUCGCACAAUUCACUGAUCAAUGUCAUCAAGACGAAGUGGCGAUGGAAGGCGACCUCACGCGUGCGCUCUCCGAAGCAACAACCUCAGAGAAAGGAUACGCUGUAGUCCUCAAAAUUAGUCGGGAUUUGAUUCAGGACAGAAAGAAAAGUGCUGCUCAGGAGAAAGCUGCACAUGCAGCCAGUUUAAGACAGAGGAUCGCAAGUUAUCGAGAAAGGCACGGCCAAUUCGAAAGUAGCAACGAGGGGACUUCUGGAAGCGUUCGGGAUCACGUAGCGUGGCUCUUUGUCAGUGUAUAG